UGCAAAAAAGACUUGAAGAAUAAACAGUUCUAGCUAAAGAUGAGGUCCCGAACUAAGUCUACCAUCAGCAAAAUCUGCAGCUGUUGUAGAUUUUACUUACACUAUGCUAAAUGCUGUCCUCUGAAACUCCAGCUAAUGUUGUAUGCUUUGAAAAAAGAAAAUAAAUAGAAAACAAAAUCCAAGUCAGUAAUUGCGAAAUGCCAGUAAAGAAUGGAGUUUUGAAAAGUAGGGGUAGCGGGAAGCCACAGAGAAGCUCUGAGGCCAGGAGCAAUAACUCAGUGAGAAUCUUGCUGUUUGUGUAUUUUCGAUUUCUUGUCCACUAGGUGGUGGAACAGAGUCCCCAUCUAAAUGACAGUUCUUUUCCUCACAGGUUUGUGUUUCUCUCACAACGCCUACACAGGUCUUUGCACGCCAAAUAAAUCCAAGAAAUUCAAUCUCUUCAAAAUUGCCCCUUGGAAAAACAGAGCGCUCGAAUGACAAGUAUGGGGAAGGCUGGGAGGCGAAGAUGCGGAGUGCGGAAACACAAGCACCAGGGAGCCAAGCUACAUUUCCCAGAAAGCCACGGGCUGGCCUACAACCACCGCGGCCCCCAAUCCCGCUGGAAGCCUCCGUCUCGCUUCUACAGUAACCGGUUUGCCGCCGUCCUCUUUUCUAAGGAACGUAGAGAAAGCCAGUGAAGGAAAGGCAUUUUACUGCAGCAGCGAAGGUUUAGCCACUAGAGUGUCUUUCUGAGCCUUGGUAAUUCCGACCUUCGCUUGUAAAGGCAUUGGGAAACCCACGGCCCACGUGACCAGCCCGGGUCAUGUGACUCCAGAACCCGGCAGCUGAAGUUUGUUACCCUGACAACUGGCUGACCCGCACAGACCUUCCGGGAAAGCGCGGAAUUGGGAGGCAGAGUGUUUCCAAUGUUUGAGAUACUUCAGAAUAUUUACUUUGGGAGGUCAAAAUUGUUGACUAUGGCUAACUAUUCCCAAGAAGAGCUAGAUGAAGAGUUUGAACAGUUUAUGAAAGAGCUUUCAGAUGAUUCUUUUGAAAAUUCAGACAAAACAGCUAGACAAUCUAAAAAAGAAAUGAAGAAGAAAGAUACAGUGCCUUGGUGGAUAACUGAAGAUGAUUUUAAAGAUGAUGGACAGCUUGGAACAAAUGUGAGCUAUUUGAAAACAAAGAAGAAUUCUCAACCUGUUAUGGAAAUAGAAGAGGAGUCUGCUGAAAAGAUUCAAUUUCUUAAGAGCAGUGGAACCUCUCUCUUAAGUACUGAUAGCUUAGAAACAAAUGAACUAGUAGUUUCUGAGCUCAACCAUAGUAUUCUCGGAGUGGGAUUGGACACAUUAGAAGAACAAGAGGAGAAAGAACAAUUUUUUGCCAGGCUUGAGAAGGGCUUGACAUCUUCCAUUGAUUAUUCGAGAUUAAAUAAGGAAUUGGAUUCUAAUGACUCUACACAUUUUAAAGCUUUACAUAGUAAUCAAGCUAAUGUAGAACUAACUGAUGACGAACAUGAGAAUGAAUCGAAACAUGAAGAACUGGCAGAAAAUUACAGUGAUGAUUUUGAAGAUGAGUAUGUUGGUGCACCGUUGACUACUAAAGAUGAAGAGAUGCCUUCCAAAGAGAAUUCCAAAUCAGAAAAAAUAAGUGUACCCAAACAGGAAGAAGAAAAAACUGGCAUGCUAGCUAAUGUUGUGCUGCUUGAUUCACUAGACUCUGUUGCAGAGAUCAAUCUUGAUGAACAAGAUCAAAUAACACCUAAGCCAAGGGGCCUACCAGAAAUGACUGAGAAUGAAAUGACAGGAACAGGUGUUUCCUAUGGGCAAAGCAGUAGUGAUGUUGAAGCCCUACAUCAAGCUUAUUGUCAUAUAGCCCAUUCAUUGGGAGAUGAAGACAAACAAAAAAUUGAUAGUAAUACAAUGGAAGAUAUCAAGAGCUCAGUGAAAGGUCAUUCUCAAGAAAAUGAAGAGAAUUCAAAAAACAUCUCUACUAUGGAAUCCGAUCUGCCCACAGUAGAGGAGCUGAUGAAACCUAUCAGAAUAGAUUCCUUUGGUGUCAGUGGUUUUGAUUUACAACCUGUGAGCUCUGAGAAAGUGGCCGAAAGUAAAGAAACUGAAUUUGUUAACUCUUUACCCCUGAAGAUGAACCCAAAUAUUAUGUCUCAAGACUCACAACAUGUGAACCAUUUUUUUGACAAAAACGAUGAGAAUGUGAUUUUACAAAAGACCACAAAUGAGAGUAUGGAAAACAGCCGUCCACAAGUAACUGCCACAGAAGAACAUGUUGAUAAAAUGUACCUUAAUAUUUUGAGGAAAAAAAUAUCUGUUAAUUCUUCAUCAUUAUCUCAGGAUGACAAAAUUAAUAAAACUUACAGAUCUCAACUUAGCUCUGAAGAAGGGGCUGUAAUGGGUAAACAGGUACCAUACAAGAAGGCCAGAAGUGCACCUCCUUUACUUAAAAGGAAACCCCAUCGUGGAUUAUAUGCAUCAGUUAGGAGCUCAGGCUAUGGCAAACCCAGUUCACCACUCAAGAUGUUUUCUACUCUUGAAAAUAAAACUUCAGGGGACAUUAUAAAAAGCAAAAACUUGAGAUCGAUUUCCACCUCUAAUCAACCUAGGAGAAAAGAAAUCUUAUCUGGAACAAAACUCAUCAAGCCUGCAGCUUUGGAUAAACCAGCUCCCAAAACUGAAAGUUGCCUGGUUACUCCUAAGAAGUCUGAAGAUCCCACAGAAACUGAUUCCUGUAUUCAGUUUCAGACUGAUUCCUUAGGAUACUGUGGUGAGAACAAGGAGGAGGAAUUACUUAUGUUUAAAAGAGUUCAGGAAGCAGAGGAAAAAUGGAGGGGUGCACAAGCCCUAAUUGAGCAAAUUAAAGCCACAUUCUCAGAAAAAGAGAAAGAACUAGAAAGUAAGUUGGAAGAACUAAAGAAACAACAGGAAAAAGAACUCUUCAAAUUGAAUCAAGAUAAUUAUAUUCUUCAAGCCAAGUUAAGCAGCUUUGAAGAAACAAACAAAAAAACAAGGUGGUUACAUUUUGGAGAAGCAGCUGAUCCUGUCACUGGAGAAAAAUUGAAGCAAAUCCAAAAGGAAAUACAAGAACAAGAGACACUUCUUCAAGGAUAUCAACAGGAAAAUGAACGAUUAUAUAAUCAAGUAAAAGAUCUCCAAGAACAAAACAAGAAAAAUGAGGAGCGAAUGUUUAAGGAAAACCAGAGUUUAUUCAGUGAGGUAGCUUCCUUAAAAGAACAGAUGCACAACAGUCGUUUUCUGUCUCAAGUAGUUGAAGAUUCAGAGCCCACAAGAAACCAGAAUUUUACAGAUCUGUUAGCAGAACUACGGAUGGCACAGAAAGAAAAAGACAGUUUAUUGGAAGACAUCAAAAGACUGAAACAAGACAAACAAGCUCUUGAAGUAGACUUGGAAAAAAUGAAGAAAGAGAGGGACCAAGCCAAAGAUCAGAUUGCUUAUGUCACAGGUGAAAAAUUAUAUGAAAUAAAAAUUUUAGAAGAAACACAUAAACAAGAAAUCAGUCGUCUGCAAAAAAGAUUACAGUGGUAUGCUGAAAAUCAGGAACUUCUGGAUAAAGAUGCACUUCGGCUUAGAGAAGCAAAUGAGGAAAUUGAGAAACUCAGACUUGAGAUUGAGAAACUGAAAGCUGAAUCUGGGAAUCCAUCUAUUCAGCAGAAGAUACGCUUAAAAGAUAAAGCAGCAGAUGCCAAAAAAAUUCAGGAUCUGGAGCGACAAGUAUGUGUUCAGGGUAAAUUUUCAUGAGCAUACUUUAUGUAUAGUGCAUUUUGGUUUUCUCUUUUGUUUCAGGAGUUCCCACGAGAUGGAGUCAACCUGGAACUUUUUGUUUGAAAGUGUUUACAUUAGUAAAAGUAAUAACAUCAUUUUAUGUACCUACAGCUUUAUAAUUACAGAAUUUUUAGACUAAUGCGCCUCAUUUGUAAGAUGGUAGACCUGCUGAUAAAAGGUUAUUUGGUACCGUAGCUCUAUUAGACAUCCAGGAAGAAGGAAGUAGAAUUUUGAAACUCUGGAUAUAGAGUUAGGAUUUCUCUUCCUGACCAUAGACAGCUGAGAGAGGAGUAUAGGAGGGAGAUCCCUGAGUUGGGAACAUGCUGGUAAUGCUUGGGAAAUGUUACAAAACAGCCUAUAAACAAAACAUUCAGCUUCCCAAAGAGCUAGCCAUUAUCUUGAGCCCUUUCUUACUGUUCAGACUUAGAAAUACUCAUUUUGUGGUCAAUGUGGAAGACCUUUAGUCAUAAAGUGAAGCUUAUUAAAAUAAAGAUUUUUUUAUUUAAGUAUUUGUUUUAGAAAGUAGGAUUAUUUUUUCCUUCUGUUUUUAAAACACUGUAAUAUAGCAUUUAUAUUCAUAACUAAAUAUUUUAAAACAAAAUAUGAAUUGCCAGCCUUGUUCAUAAGGGAACAUGAUUCCGUAGUCAAGUCAUGGUACUUAAACAUAUAGGUAUUAUUCCAUCAUAAAUCCAAAACUGUGAGGUCAUUACUGGGCUGAAUAUUAUCCCAGUUUUAUGAGAAGAAGGAAAACUAAGCAAAGAAUUAACUUUAUUACUUUUACAAGACCUAUUUUUAUAUUAAAAGGUAUGACUGAGUAGAUUGGAUCAGGGUCAAGAAAGGAUCAGCCAAACGUGGUAUGAAGAACUAGAAAUAUCUGGCCAGGCGCAGUGGCUCAUGCCUGUAAUCCCAGCACUUUGGAAGCCGAGGCUGGAGAAUCGCUUG